CCAAAUUAUCACGUGACAAGUCACAUGCAAACAAAAUGGCAGAUAAUUAGAAAAAGGGAUGUAUAUGGUGACUUAAAGAUGAUGUCCUGAAAAGAACAAUUACCAGACCUAAGUUUACUCAUAUCCAGUUUGAUGUUUUGGUAAAGUACUUCGAAAUAUGGAUUUUGAAACAUUCCUGAAAGACUACAUUUGGGUGCCAAUCGUCAUUGGGAUAUUGGUGGUCAUCAUUAUUAUUUUCAUACUUUGCUAUGUCUUUAAAUGUUGCAGGAAUACAUCUCGUGGUGACUAUAUGCCGUUGAGGCAAGAAGAUGUAAGACUAUAUGGGAACCAGGAGAUUGGUAUUGGCCAGCGCUUAGAUUAUGAAAGGAAUAAGAAACAGCAGGCCUUAGAAUCAACAGCUUGGAUGAAUGCACAGUAUUAUCUUCGUGCAAACCCAGAAUAUAAUGAUAUUAAACAACUUGAAAUUCUUGGUUCCCGGUCUCACAAAACUUGGUUCCUGGUCCCAAGGAAAAACCUGCUUCUGACGAUGAUAGAUAAACCAGAAAAAAUGAUUCCGACGUUUUCAAAACAAACUUGUCGUGCUAUAAGAGACAUGCUGAAUUUACUACAACACCCUUUUAUAUAUCCUAUAUAUAGCAUAGAUUUUAUGGUGGAUCAAAACAUCGUGGUUGUACUGUAUCCUAUUAGCAAAAGAGGCUCUUUGAAAGAUUAUAUUUAUCAGAACAGCUAUACUGAGCCUUGGAAAAAUAAAUACAGAACAAGGAAAAGAGGUCUUAAUGUGACGCAGAUACGAUGCUUCGGAAAACAGAUCCUUACGGCUCUGAUAUUUAUAGAAGAUAAGGGAUUUCCUCCACAUGGUAAUGUUCACUCAGGAAAUAUUGUUAUAGACAAUAAUAGUUGUAGACUUAUGGGUUGUGAGAGCUCUUUUAUCGGAGAAGAACCAAAAAUAUAUCAACUUUUUAGGAAGAAAGUCAAACAAAAUAAAGAAGCCAUAGAUGUUAUAUCUUUUGGUCAUUUGAUCUAUGAAAUGUGCGUGGGGACGGAGCUUGACUCGGCGCAUCCUCAGCCUGCUCAUCUUAGCAUGUGUAAAAACCCUGAAAUAGUCACUGUUCUGAAUUUUAUUUUCCCUGAAACAGGGACAGCAUAUCCUUCCUUAAAAGACAUUGCCAGUCAUGAUUUUUUCUCAACAGUUCCACUGCCAGCACUAGAAAAUUACCAUUUUACACCAAUCAACUUAAAUAAGGAGAUGAAGAGUAUAGUAAAAGCAAUCAAACAGGGUAAACCAAUGUUAGCUAGGAGGAAGUCAAGAUUAAAGAGAACCGCCUCAAAUGCCUCUGUUUUACAUGGGUCACAAACAGACAUAAAAUACGUUGAUGAAACAAAAGGUGUUACCACAGCAAAUGUUCCUGCUCCUCCCCCACCACCUCCUGCCAUGGGGGCAGUUCCUCCUCCGCCCGCCGGGGCACCCCCUCCCCCACCUGCACCACCAGGUCCCCCACCACCUCCAGGGCCACCACCACCACCGGGGCCACCACCAGCUGGAGCACCUCCUGCUCCCCCGCCGUCUUCAGGGAGAUCGGCCCUGCUUGGUGAUAUACGUAAAGGGAUGUCGCUGAAAAAGACUAAAACCAAUGAUAGAAGUGGUCCUAAAGUUUGAUGAAGAUUUUUCCUUAGUAAUUAAGAUUUAAAGUGUAUAAAGCUAUAUAUCUGAUGCCUGUACUUAACAAAAUUGUUUGAAUUUUUGAAAAAGAACAAUCCCAAAAUAUCUAUAUUAAAGAAAUAU